AUGGCAGAAUUGUUCAUUAAGCAGGCGCAACUAUAUUCUAAGGGUCGACCAAGUUACCCUGAAGAAUUGUUCAGUUUCAUUUCUUCAAAGACACCUUGUCAUAACCUUGCUUGGGAUGUUGGCACUGGUAAUGGCCAGGCUGCUAAAUCUUUGGCUAAGCUUUACAAGAGAGUAGUUGCCACAGACACAAGUCCUAAGCAGUUGCAAUAUGCAACCAGGUUACCUAAUGUUCGAUACGUUUGUACCUCUCCCAAGAUGUCAGUGGCUGAAGUCGAAAGCAAAAUAGGAGCCGAGUCAAGUGUAGAUUUGAUAACAAUUGCUGCAGCACUGCAUUGGUUUGAUCUCCCAACUUUCUACCAACAAGUGAAAUGGGUGCUCAAGAAACCAAAUGGAGUAAUCGCCGCCUGGUCCUACACUACGCCACAAGUAAACAGCUCAGUGGAUGCAGUUUUUGAUCAAUUUUACUAUAAUGAUGCUGGACCUUACUGGGAAUCUCCGAGAAAGUUAGUGGAUGAAAAGUACAAAACCAUUGAUUUCCCAUUUGAGCCUGUGGAUGGUUGUGGUCACAGUGGACCGUUCCAGUUCAAGAUUGAGAAAGCCACAGAUUUGGAUUCUUAUUUCACAUACUUGAAGUCAUUGUCAGCUUAUCAAACAGCAAAGGACAAGGGUGUUGAGCUCUUAACUGAUGCCAUUGUUGACAAAUUCAAUAGUGCUUGGAAUGAAGACAGAGAAAGCAAGAAAAUUGUAGUUUUCCCAAUUUACUUAAGGAUUGGCAAAGUUGGGACUUUGAAUUGAAAUUGAA